AUGAAAGAAUUUGGCCCUCUUCUUCUAAUCUUAUUUUCUAUCACGACUCUCUUCCAUCCAGUAUUCUGUGCGAAGACCCGUGAUAAACAACCAGUCAAAUCUCAAGACGAUGCGUAUGCUUAUUUAAACAAAUUCGGUUAUAACCCAUGCAAAGAUGCCAAAGUUCAAUGUAGUCUAAGUUUGAAAAGUUUAUUACAAACUUAUCAAAAACUGUUUCAUCUGAAAGUAACGGGAAAACUAGAUGAUUCAACAAAACAACAUAUGAAUCGACCACGGUGUGGACUUCCGGAUAAGCCACUUGCACAAUCAAAAGCUCCGAGUCAAUUGAGUAACUACAUAUGGAAGCGUUCGUCAUUAACGUAUUCGUUACGUAAUUUUCCAUCGCAAAUUACUCAAGUCAACACCGAUCGAAUCAUUCGCGAAGCAUUCGAUGCUUGGCUGAUUCAUAUUCCUUUGGAAAUCCAACAAGUUUGUUCGACAUGCAAUGCAGAUUUUGUACUGGAAUUCGCUCAAUCUGACCAUCGAGAUAAUUAUGCAUUCGAUGGUGUUGGCGGAACUUUGGCGCAUGCUUUCUUCCCCGAAGACGGUCGAGUGCAUUUUGACGCCGAUGAAGAAUGGACGGAAUUGUUCAAUGGAGUCGGUAACAACUUAUACCUAGUAGCUGUGCAUGAAAUUGGCCAUGCGCUUGGUUUAGAUCAUGUCUACAAUACCGAGUCGAUUAUGUAUCCAUCCUAUCAACUUAUGAAGAAAAGUAAUGUCGUACCUUCGAUCGAUCGUCGACAAAUUCAAACUUUAUACGGUCAAAAACAAUCUUCGCCGACGACAGCAACUAGGAAACCGACAAUUACGACUACAACAACGACAAGGCGAAGUAUCAUAACAACAAAACCAUCCGUUACAGUGCCUUCAGGAGGUUUACAUCCUCGUUGCCGUCGUUUUCUUGAUGUUGCCUUCGGUCAUCCCGAUGGAACAUUACACACAUUUGAUGCUGGGGUACUUUGGCGUUAUUUGCCAAAUGAACAUCGAUGGGAUGGCCGAACGCAAACUUUUCAACAGGUCUAUGCGCGUUUACCAAAACGACUCUCCGCAGGUGUUUAUGACCCAAAUCGACAGAAAGUGAUGAUUUUUGCCGGUCGUAAUAUUUAUCAAUAUGAUAUCGAUCAUCAACAUCGUGCGCAGUAUCGAAGUGGAGGAGUUCUUCCACGAAACCUACAAAAUUCUGUGGUGGGGGCUAUAUACUACAAAAGGGCCAUUUAUAUCAUCACAGCGCAGACUAUACGUUUGUUCGAACCGGACUCGAACUAUCGAUCAUCAAGUGAACGAGAUCUUAGUGAGGAAUUUCCUGAUUUCGCUGGUACAGUUACAACUGCAUUCAGUUACCAGAAUUUACAUCACUUCUUUACGAGUGAUCGACUUGUUUACGUUUGGGAUGAAAAUAUGGGGACUUGGAGAACAUUUGGUAAGCCUAUGGAAACGGGUUGGUUUGCUUGCUCAAAUUCAGCGAAUUCUUAUGCGCAUGGAACACCACCUGAUAAAUCGGGUUUUAGAUCCCCUUCUGGUGUUUCUCAUCGUCACCACCACCACCAUCGUCAUCAGGAUUACGAUUAA